AUGUCUCAGGUGGAUGAAAAGGAAAGGGAGCCUGUGGCUUCUCGUGAAGAAGAUGUGAUUGCUAAUGGUGAUGAGGACAAACCACCUAGUGACGAAGAAGAAGGUGAAGACGUUUUUGAUUCUUCAGAUGAUGAGGAAGGUGAAGACGAUGCAGACGAAGCUAGAAAAGUACAAGAAGGAUUUAUUGUAGAUGAUGAGGAUGAAGAUGUAGUCACAGGUAAAGGUUCUAAGAAGAGAAGAAAGCAUAGAAGAGCUAGGGAACAAAAUGACGAUGACGGUAGACUUUCUGAGGAUGAUUUAGAUCUUUUAAUGGAGAAUGCAGGUGUCAAACGUGGGAAUGACCAAGCCAGUUCCGGAAAAUUGAAAAGAUUGAAAAGAGCGGGUCAAGAGGAGACAAAGGAUGAAGGAUCUGCAUCCAAUUCUAGAGAAGCUACAGAGUCGAAACUAGAGGAUUUCUUUUCAGAUGAAGAAGAACAAGAGCAAGAUGGAUAUGAUGAUGAGAGACGUAGUGACGAAAGAGGCUCUAGAGACGAAGAGGAAGAUCGUAAAGGAAGUCACGGUCCUCAUAAAGGUGGUAUGAUGGAUGAAUUGGACGAUUUCAUUGAAGAAGAUGACUUUUCUGAUGAGGACGAGGAGACAAGACAGCAGAGAAUUCAAGAAAGGAAAAUGCUUAGAGAGCAGAGGAUGAAGCAACCUGUUCACGUAACGGGUCUUUCUUCUGAUAAGAUUGAUGAAAUGUACGAUAUCUUCGGUGAUGGUCAUGAUUACGAUUGGGCUCUUGAGAUCGAAAAUGAAGAAUUGGAUGAAGGUAAUAUAGAAGAUGGCGAUGCCGUGGAUACUGAGGGUGCAGGCGAAGGUGACGAAAAUGGUGGUGGUACCAAACCUGCAAAGAAAAAGAUAACAUUAAAAGAUAUUUACGAUUUGCAGGAUUUGAAGAGGAACUUGCUAACAGAUGAAGACAUGGUUAUUAGAAAGACUGAUAUUCCUGAGAGGUAUCAAGAAUUGAGAAGCGGUUUGGCAAAUUACAGCGAAUUGGCAUCUGAGGAUCAAGAAUUGGAAAAGAACUGGAUUAGCGAUAAGAUUGCCGUGGAUAAAAAUUUUGCCCCCAAUUACGAUUUGACCGAAUUCAGAGAGUGUGUUGGUAAUGCCAUUCAAUUCAUUGUACAAGAAAAUUUAGAGGUUCCUUUCAUCUAUGCAUACCGUCGUAAUUAUAUUUCAUCUAGGGAUGCCGAUGGAUUCGUUCUCACAGAGGAUGAUCUGUGGGAUAUCGUUCAACUGGAUAUUGAAUUCCACAGUAUAAUAAACAAGAGAGAUUAUGUCAAAAGAUUUUAUGAAGAGCUAAAUGUCGAAGAUUCGGUGGUGGAUGAGUACUUCCAAAACCAAACGACAGGCUCCAGUGCAGAACUUAACUCCUUGCAAGACAUCUACAACUAUCUGGAAUUCAAAUAUGCCCAUGAGAUUAACGAUGGUCUUUUGAAGAAAACAGGCAAGAAGCACCUCAAGAAUUCCAGUUAUGAGAAAUUCAAGGCAAGUUCUCUUUAUCAAGCAAUUACUGACGUUGGUAUCACUGCGGAGCAAAUCGGCGAAAAUGUCAAUGCACAACACCAAAUUCACGUAGCUGUGGACCAUCCAAACAUGACUCCUCAAGAAGUCGUCGAAUCUAUCCUAAAUUCCAAUACUGCCGAUCUUCAAGUUUUUACAUCUAAUACCAAGCUUGCCCUUGACACUGUAAAAAAGUACUACGCAUUGGAAAUAUCUAAAAACACCAAAAUGAGGGAAAAAGUCAGAUCUGAUUUCUACAAGUACUACUUGGCCGAUGUGGUGUUGACCUCUAAGGGUAAACGUGAAAUUCAAAGAGGCUCAAUUUAUGAAGACAUCAAAUAUGCUAUCAACAGAACGCCUAUGCACUUCCAAAGAGAUCCUGAUGUUUUCUUAAGAAUGUUGGAGGCAGAAUCUUUCAACUUGUUAGGUGUUAAAUUACACAUGACUUCACAAGCCCAUUACGUAGAGCACAUGUUCCAAGUGGUCUUGGAAACUACCAAUACAUCCCAAUUGGCUACAGAAUGGAAUAACUUCCGUAAAUCUGCUUUUGUCCAGGCGAUGGAUCAAAUCUUUGCAGAUAUUUCUGGAGAGAUUAAGGACGAUUUAUCCAAGACUUGUGAGAAACUGGUCACUAAGACUAUUCGCCACAAGCUAAUGACUAAAUUGGAUCAAGCACCAUACAUUCCUAAUCCUAAGGAUCCUAAGAUUCCUAAGGUACUGACAUUGACUGCAGGCCAAGGUAGAUUUGGUUCAGAUGCUAUUAUAGCAGUAUUUGUGAAUCGUAAGAGUGAUUUUGUGAGAGAUUUCAAGAUCGUGGACAACCCCUUUGACAGGAAUAACCCACAAAAGUUUGAAGACACUCUAGAUACCAUUAUACAGAAUUGUCAGCCUAAUGUCAUUGGUAUCAAUGGUCCAAACCCCAAGACUCAAAAACUAUAUAAGAGAUUACAAGAAGUGGUUCACAAGAAACAAAUCAUCGACAACAGGGGCCAUACCAUUCCAGUGGUUUAUGUGGAAGACGAAGUCGCCAUUAGAUAUCAAAGUUCUGAACGUGGUAAUCAAGAAUUCCCAAACAAACCUCCGCUAGUGAAAUAUUGUAUAGCGCUGGCUCGUUAUUUGCACUCUCCACUGCUGGAGUAUGCUAACCUAACCCUGGAGGAGUUGGGAUCGCUUGCUAUUCAUCCAACUCAAUCGCUAGUGCCCCGAGACUCACUUCUAAGGGUUCUAGAGACUGCUUUUGUGGAUAUCGUUAAUCUGGUUGGUGUGGAAGUUAACAAGGCUACUGAUAAUCCAUACUAUGCUAGCGCCUUGCAGUACAUUUCUGGGUUUGGUAAACGUAAGGCGAUUGACUUUUUGGAGUCUCUUCACAGGUUGAACGAACCUCUACUGGCGCGCCAACAGUUAAUUACCCACAACAUCUUACACAAGACGAUUUUCAUGAAUUCUGCGGGUUUCCUAUACAUCUCAUGGAAUGAAAAGAGGCAGAAGUACGAAGAUCUGGAACACGAUCAAUUGGAUAAUACGAGAAUUCAUCCAGAAGAUUAUCAUUUGGCUACCAAAGUGGCAGCAGAUGCAUUAGAAUCUGAUCCUGAUGCCAUCGCAGAGAAGGAGGGACAAGGAACAAUGAGUGAAUUUAUUGACAUUCUAAGAGAAGAUACUGAUCGUAGAUCCAAGUUGGAAUCCCUAAAUCUGGAACAAUACGCGGAAGAUUUGGAGAAGAAUACGGGUCAACGUAAAUUGAACAACUUGAACACCAUCGUUCUAGAAUUAUUAGAUGGAUUUGAAGAAUUAAGGAAUGAUUUCCAUCCAUUACACGGCGAAGAAAUUUUCCAGAGUUUGACAGGUGAAACUGAGAAAUCAUUCUUCAAAGGUUGUAUCGUACCCGUUCGUGUGGAAAGGUUUAGACAUAAUGAUAUUAUGUGUAUUACCAAUUCUCAAGUGGAAUGUGUUGUCAAUGCUCAACACCAUGCGGGAACACAGUUUAAGAGACCACCCGGAGACAUUUAUGAAAUUGGUAAGACCUAUCCAGCCAAAGUUGUAUUUAUAGAUUACGAGAACAUUUUAGCAGAAGUCUCACUCCUAGAGCAUGACAUCAGACACCAAUACGUGCCUAUCAAUUUUAGCAAAGAUCCAUCCAUUUGGGAUCUGAAACAAGAAUUAGAAGAUUCAGAGGUAGAGAAGAAGAUUACGAUGCAGGAGGCUCGUGCCAAGAGAACACACCGUGUGAUCAAUCAUCCAUACUAUUUCCCCUUCAAUGGUAAGCAAGCUGAAGAUUACUUGAGAAGUAAAGAACGUGGGGAUUUCGUCAUCAGACAAUCUUCUCGUGGUGAUGAUCAUUUGGUGAUAACAUGGAAGCUCGACAAGGAUUUGUUCCAACACAUUGACGUUCAAGAGUUGGAGAAGGAGAACCCACUAGCAUUGGGUAGAGUUCUUGUAGUAGAACAACAGAGGUAUCACGAUUUGGAUCAAAUUAUUGUGGAAUAUUUGCAAAAUAAGAUUAGAUUGCUCAAUGAGAUCACCUCCAAUGAAAAGUUCAAGAGCGGAAACAUGAAGGAUGUAGUAAAGUUCGUGGAAGACUACUCCAAGGUAAAUCCUAACAGAUCCGUUUACCAUUUUUGUUUCAACCACAACCAUCCAGGCUGGUUUUACCUAAUGUUCAAAUUAAAUGCACAGAGUAAGUUGUACACUUGGAACGUAAAAUUGACUCAUACAGGAUUUUUCUUGGUCAAUUACAAUUAUCCAAGUGUUAUUCAACUCUGCAACGGUUUCAAGACUCUACUAAAAUCUAGCAGCAGUCGAAACAAGACAGCCUCUUAUCAUUAA